GGUAGUGUCCGUGUGAGUCAUCCACAAUGAUUUCCCUGGUGCUUGUCUUGUUCUCGAGUUUUCUCUGCCAUGUUGCAACUGCAGGCCGGACCUGUCCCAAACCAGAUGAUUUACCAUUUGCUAUAGUUGUUCCAUUAAAAGCAUCCUAUGACCCAGGGGAGGAGAUAAUGUAUUCUUGCCAGCCGGGCUACACGUCCCGGGGUGGGAUAAGGCGGUUUAUAUGCCCUCUCACGGGAAUUUGGCCAGUCAACACCUUGAUGUGUAAACCCAGAGUGUGUCCUUUCGCUGGAAUCUUAGAAAAUGGAGCUGUACGCUACACAACUUUUGAAUAUCCCAACACCAUCAGUUUUUCUUGUAACACCGGGUUUUAUCUGAGUGGACCUAGUUCUGCUAAAUGCACUGAGGAGGGAAAAUGGAGUGUUGAGCUUCCUGUCUGUGCUCCUGUAAUCUGCCCUCCACCAGCCAUACCUAAGUUUGCAACACUUAGUGUUUAUAAGCCAUCGAUUGGAAACAACUCCAUCUCGGGAAACAAGGCCGUCUUUGAGUGCUUGCCACACUACGCCAUGUUUGGAAAUGAUACCGUUACCUGCACAGCACACGGAAAUUGGACUACAUUACCAGAAUGCAGAGAAGUAAAAUGCCCAUUCCCAUCAAGACCAGACAAUGGGUUUGUGAACCAUCCUGCAAAAGAAACACUUUAUUACAAGGAUAAAGCCACAUAUGGCUGCCAUGACUCGUACGUCUUGGAUGGCCCACAAGAAGUAGAAUGUAACAAAUUUGGAAACUGGUCAGCACAACCAAGUUGUAAAGCCUCUUGUAAAUUAUCUGUUAAAAAAGCCACUGUACUAUACGAAGGAGAGAGAGUAAAGCUUCAAGAAAAAUUUAAGGAUGGAAUGCCACAUGGUGUAAAGGUUUCUUUCUUCUGCAAAAAUAAAGAAAAGAAAUGUAGCUACACAGAAGAUGCUCAGUGCAUAGAUGGCACCAUUGAGAUCCCCAAAUGCUUCAAGGAACACAGCUCUCUGGCUUUCUGGAAAACUGAUGCAUCAGAUGUGAAGCCAUGCUAAACUGGUUUACAGAGUCAAAAUGAAAUGCUACACUUAACAUCGGUGUUUGUCCUAGGAACAUAACAGAAGUAGGAAAAUAAAGUGACUGAAUUGAUUGCCUCUGUCA